UAGGGCAAGUCUCAAAUUUAGACGGCCUCAAAUAGAGGAUGGAAAGUUAGGGCAAGUCUCAAAAUUUUAGUCGGCCUUAAAUAGAGAGUAUGGAAAGUUAGGGCAAGUUUUUCAGACAACACAAUCUGCUUCGACACUCCGCAGGACGCAUCCUCCGCUAUCGCCUCAGGCUCAGGUGGCACCGUGACAAGAUGACUACCACAGGUGCUGUUGCAGGCGCUUGUAUUGAUUUUCUGAGACGUUUGAAGUUUAUUCCAGAGGAUCUCCAACUUGUCAAAACACCAUUCAUGAAAAAGGAUAAAAUGAUCCAUCAUUAUGAAUGACGAUUAGUAGUUUUCAUGAUAUUUGCAAAUGCUCUUUUUGUGUUUCUUAUAUUUCUUGUUGAUAGUUCGGAGCUGCAAGGAGAACUCAAUCGUCAUUAGAAUCAUCAGGUGGAGUAUCAGUAGGUGGACAUUCAGGGGCUUUUGGUUUUACAUUUCCAUUUCCAUUUGCGGCUUUUCCGUUGAUUGGAGACUUCCCAUUGCCGUUCGGAGCUGCUUUUCCAUCGCCCUGAGCUUUGCCAUUGGAUCCAUUCUCUUUCUUGUGAAUCGAAGAUACUUUCACCAAGAGAUUCCACGGUCUUAUUCAGAACUUUCUGGUCAGAAACCACCUGAUUCAGAACAGUAUCAAGUCUGCUAGCAACUUUCAGUACGGGAGCGAGGGUUUUGUACACAGCAUCCAUGUCAACUUCAGAUGGGGGGCGCUUCAGUACAUAUUUCUUGAAAGACUCAAACGUUCCGAGAGCAAGAUGAAACUUCGAAGUGCCGUCAGUUAUCUUGCCAAUAAGGAUGCUGUGUAUAUAUCAAAUGACUGAGAUUUGUUCAUCUUGCUCUUGGAACGUUUGAGUCUAAUGACGAUUGAGUUCUCCUUGUUUAAGCUGUUUCUGGAUCCAUGGUGUGAUGGACUGUUUCUUUCAGAGAAGUUCAGUUUUCAUACCUUAAGAAGUGUUUCUUCAAACAAGCAGAUUGAGUUGAGUAGUUUAAUAGUUCAGAAUCAAUGGCACUUUACUGAUAUUCCUUUGGAUGUUCAAAUGUAUUUACAGCAGUUUCAAAUUUUUGGAGGAGAAGACCAGAUUAUGUGGCAGCAUAAAAUGUUUACUUUUAAAGCUGCCUGGGAAGCAUGCAGAGUUCCUAAUCCAGUGGUGCAGUGGUAUUCUCUGGUUUGGAAUGGGGGUCGGCCUAGAUGGUCAGUUCAGUGUGCUUUAAUUAUACAGAAUGCUGUUUUACCAGCCCAGAAUUUACAGAGGAGAGGCAUAUCUCUAGCUUCAAGGUGCUGUUUGUGUUUAAAGAAUGCAGAGUUGGAUGAUCAUGUGUUUGUGGAGUGUGAUUACUCUUGGCAGGUUUGGUGUGGCUUAGCAUCUAUGUUCCAUUGGAGGGUUCAAAAGUUGUCUUGUGAAGGGUUUGCUGCUGCAAUGACCCAGCAGUUUCAAGUUAGGUCUCUGAGGAAUAAGGUCUUUAAGAUGAUUUUCUCAGCAACAAUGUAUUAUCUGUGGAAUGAGAGGAACUACAGGCUGCAUAAGGAUAUUUUUAGGUCUUCUCCCAUUCUAAUUAAAAGCAUUGUUUGGGAUGUGUUGGAUGUGGCAGGGUUGUGUCUUCAAGAUAUAAUUCUGUAGUUAGGGGUUCAAGGGUAAGGGUCAGCUGAACAUAUCCUGGUUGAGAAGCCACUGUAACUGACGGUGCCUCAGAAUGUUUGAGUCUUUCAAGAAAUAUGUACUAAAGCGCUCCCAUCUGAGGUUGAUAUGGAUGCUGUGUACAAAGCCCUCGCUCCCGUAGUGAAAGUUGCUAGCAGAUUUGAUACCGUUCUAAAUCAGGUGGUUGCUGACCAGAUAGUUCUGAAUAAGACCGUAGAAUCUCUUGGUGUCAAAGUAUCUUCGAUUCACAAGAAGGAGAAUGGAUCCAGUGGCAAAGCUCAGGCGAUGGAAAAGCAGCUCCGAACGGCAAUGGGAAGUCUUCAGGCAAUGGAAAAGCCGCAAAUGGAAAUGGAAAUGUAAAACCGAAAGCCCUGAAUCUCCACCUACUGAUACUCCCCCACCUGAUAAUUCUAAUGACGAUUGAGUUCUCCUUGGUUGUUGGGUUUUGCAUUCUUCCUCAUAUUUGGGUUUUAUGUUCCUUCUUUCUUAUCAGUUUUUUUGUUUUUGUUCCGGGUUUGUUAAUGUUUAUGUUCUUCUAUCCAUUAGUUUUUCCUUUUUGUUAUGGGUUUUUGUCCUCUGCUCUUAUGUUGCCUACUGUAGUGUAGGUUGAUGGACAACUUUGUUUUCUUUUAUAUAUUUUAACGAAUCAUCUAAUCCCUUUGUAGGUUGAUGGACAA